AUGAUUUACCACCACCAUCGCCGUCAGAAACAACGCCUUCUCCAGUCUUACCCCGACCAUGCUACCGAUCAUCACACUUUUGAAUUCACUUCGCAUGUCAAAACCGAUCACUCCGCUUCUGAGGCAGACGAAGACCUCAAAGCAGCAGCAGAGCUCAGUACAAUCAAAAACCGCGCGCCUGACGCUUAUCUCUCUUCUGACUUCGCUGAUGCUAAAUCAGCCAACAGUAUCCGCAAGGCUUCGCCUUUGCCUUUUCCUUUGCCUUUUGAAGGCCCGCCAAAGCACGAGACUUCGAAGGUGGUGGAGAUCGAUACCCUCGGAGAGAUACAUGGCACACAGGAACUCGUAGGGGACGGAGCUGCGGUGCAUGAGAUGACCACAGCUGCGAGAACCCCUACAAGCGCCUGCUAUCCUCCUACUAUUGGAGGCAGUACGAUUGUUCAGUCACCUUCUACAAGCACUGAUGCUUGGUCACCAAAGAGUCAAGCAAGUGUGAUGAAUACAUGCGCAUGCUGCGGAAAGCGAGGGACAGAAUCGCCACUGCCUCCACUACCACCACCGUCACCACGAUCGCCAUCGGCAUCGCCGUCGCGACACGAACACCGUGAAGGACUUGCUGCUAUGAGUGAAGCAAAAGGGGUAGGAAAGAGCGAAAGAAGAGGCAACAGCUGGGCAGGCACUACAACAACACCAACAACAGAAGGGAAAGGUGCUGGUUCGCUCGAGCGCGGCUUAUCAUGUGCAACGGAAGUCAGUGGGGUCGGAGAGGUUGUGCGUCUGAAAGCCAGUGAAAGCGUAUUGAACAAGGAAGGAAGAAGCAUCAAGAUGACCGCUAGUGAUCGAAAUGAUGGCAUUCGGAGCGGUUGGGGAGAGUACGAGGGAAAACAACGGGACAAGGAGGUGGUCCUAAGGUCUAUAAUCCUGGCAGGGGAGAAGGAUGUGGUGAGUCCUUUGAGUAGCUGA